GGUGGAUACAAACGGAUUUUGAUCCGAAUGAUAUAUAGUUACAACAACCGAAAUCAUAAUGGAGAAUAGCAACAGAAAGUUGAAAACAAUGGAACCCCCCGCAAGGGAGACGGUCGGCUCUGAUGAGGUGGACUUUAUUGUGGCACCGCACAACAAUAACAAUGAGUACGAGGAUCUGAGGAGCGUCAGUCAAGCGGUGAUUAACACCAAAGCAACACUAACAAUCGCACCAAAAAUCACACCAACAACAAUUACACCAAACAACGAACCAAAUGUUGCCAACAGCAACACCAACACUAACAAGUUCGUGAAGAGCAACAGCCUGGCCCGAUUGCUGGGCAACACCUACAAUGCCAAGAAGUUCGAGAAGCAGGAGCAAAAGCGCCUCGAGGGGUGCAAGUUCAACACGUACAGUGGCCGACGGGGCCGGGCAGGACCCUAUCUGGAGCGCUUCAAGCGGGUGUCCAAAGAGGAUGGCGACAUCGCCGGCGGGGGGGACAACGAGACAGUGAGGGUCACAAAUGUGGUUACCCUCACGACGGACUCGCGGGAUCUGCAGUAUGGCAGCCGGCAGGAGCACGUGGGCCGCCAGAGCAGCAGUAACCAGGAGCAGCAGGAUCAGAUGAGCAGCUCGAAGGCCAUGCGCACGCUGACCCGCAGCCUGGGCAAGUUGUGGAAGCGCACACACAGCGUGGAUAUCAGCACACCCGAUCCGGAGUUCAAGGUGUCGUACCUGGGCAACGUGCUAACUGGAUGGGCCAAAGGUGAGGGUUGCGUGGAGAAGCAACUGAAUACGCUGUGGCGCAACUACACGCAGCACACGAAGCCGGAUGUGAUUAUGCGACUGAAGGUGUGUGCCUCUGGGCUGAAGGCCACCACACGGCAGCACGGACUCACCGAGUACUGGGCCCAUAGGAUCACCUACUGCUGUGCCCCAAAGAACUAUCCGCGCGUCUUCUGCUGGAUCUACCGCCACGAGGGCAGGAAGCUGAAGCACGAGCUGCGCUGCCAUGCGGUGCUCUGCAGCAAGGAGAAGAUAGCCCAGGAUAUAUGCGAUACCUUGCGAGAGAACCUGGAGAGCGCUUUGCGUGAAUUUAAGCGAGAGAAAAUUCUUAAGCAAAACGCUCGUCUCAGCCUGGCCAACGCUGUCUACGACAAUCAGAGCCUGCCGCGCCGCAAAAUCAUGCUGAGCGUGGGCGGCAACAACUAUCGACCGCCGCUGGAGCGCUCCAAGUCGGCGCCCAAGCUGAUGGCCAUCGAGGAGGCCAUUGGCGAGGAGGAGGGCGACGAGAUCGAGGACACCAACGAGCCGGAGAUGCGGGCCUGCUGUCAGCGCGACUCCUUGUACCCGGCCAUGACUCUGGGACGGCGUCGCUGCCGUCACGGCCACUCCAUGCGGAAGCAGCGGGCCAGCGAUCAGGCCAGCCUUCAGUAUCGCCAUCAGGCCCAGUCCUCCAUAUCCUCCAAUGCAUCCAGCUCGACGACGGCGAGCACCUCGGCGGCGGCUGGCACGGGAUCCGGGGCACAGCAGGGCCUUGUCGGGCCGGACAGUCAUGAGGGUUCGAUAUCCAGCGGCUGCGAGACGGCCAGCACAGUCACAAACGCAAAUCACGAGGAGUACAUCAAGAGGGGUCAGGACCAGGGACCGGAGUUGGAGCAGGCGCAGGUGCUAGAGCAGAUGAUGAUCUACCAAAGACUGGAGCAGCAGCUGCGCAACAACAGCGAUGCCACCAACUACAGCAGUUCCAGCAGCAUCACGCUGAAGCGGAGCGACGACUCCACUAGCGAUGACCUGGAUAUGGCCGACAAGCCGGCCGGCAGGAAUAACCAGAACAUGCCGGUCGAUAGCGACGAGAGCGGCUACGUGGAGUUUCAGGUGAAGGAGCGCAUUGUCCAGGCCAGCAACGAGCCACCACACAUGGCCAUGUCCCUGGUGAAGGUCGCCGUUAAGCCGCAGAUACCACCAAAGCCGGCUCCACGCCGUUCGCUCAGUCUGAACGCGAAGGCAGCCACAGCUGCAACGGGAGCCGGCAAGGCUUCGGGCACGGCGGUCUAAGGUGGAUUCCCCCACGUCCCCGCCCCAGAGAGAGAGAGAGAGAGGAAGGGAGAGAGAAUGCUUUAACACAAAGGAAACCCGUUUACAAAUUGUUAUUUCUGCGCACCACCCCGUCAGCAACCAUAGUAAAUACAAAUACAAUACAAAAAGUGCGAGAAAUUUAAUUCCUAGUUGUAGUCUAUUAUCCAUUAUCACCUAGCAAGUAGCGGAUAAGUCAUUUGUUGUUGGUUCAUCGUCCGAGAAAGACCUAACGAUAUUAUACAUACGAGUAUAUAUUUGAUCCUUACCCAAUUCGCAUCCCAUCAUCGAAAUUAAUGAAUUUAUAUUGUAAAUAUUACUAGAAGCCAUAGGCCCCAAUUUAUUACACGAUUGGAUUGUAAUUGAUGAACUGUAUCUUAUGUACCCAUAUAAAUUAUUGUCUGAAAAGUC